UGACAAAUCCACACUCGGAUAUCUCCAAGGCUGCAGCUGCCUGCAGCUCACCACACUCCACCAGUUGUCCAGUUCACCACCAAAGCUGUGGUCGAUCCCCUCCACACGAAGAUAUGGCGGCCGUCGAUACGCCGGAGAAGCCGUACGAGGGUAAGCCGGCGGCGGAGGCGAGGAGCUACUGGCGGUGGCAGAAGGAAGAUUUCUUCCCGGAGCCGUCCUUCGCGAGCUGGGGCGCGUACCGCGCGGCGCUGGCCGCGACGCCCGCGCGGUUCCGCGACCGCUUCGCCGGCCGCUCCACCGACGCCGACGAGCUCGGCGCGCUGCGCCGCCGCAGCGAGAACGAGAUGCGCCGCUGCCUCACGUGGUGGGACCUCACGUGGUUCGGGUUCGGCUCCGUCAUCGGUGCCGGGAUCUUCGUGCUCACCGGCCAGGAGGCGCACGACCACGCCGGCCCGGCCAUCGUGCUCUCCUACGUGGCCUCCGGCCUCUCCGCCAUGCUGUCCGUGUUCUGCUACACGGAGUUCGCCGUCGAGAUCCCCGUGGCCGGCGGCUCCUUCGCCUACCUCCGCGUCGAGCUCGGCGACGUGGCGGCCUUCAUCGCCGCCGCGAACCUCAUCCUCGAGAGCAUCAUCGGCACGGCCGCGGUGGCGCGCUCCUGGACGUCGUACCUCGCGUCGCUCAUCAACAAGCCGGCGAGCGCGCUGCGCAUACAGACGUCGCUCGCCGAGGGGUACAACGAGCUGGACCCCAUCGCGGUGGUGGUGAUCGCGGUCACGGCGACCCUGGCCAUUCUGAGCGCCAAGGGCACCUCCCGCGUCAACUGGGUCGCCUCCGCCGUGCACGUCCUCGUGAUAGCCUUCGUCAUCGUGGCCGGCUUCCUCCACGCGAAGACCAGCAACCUGACCCCGUUCAUGCCGCACGGCGUGCCGGGCGUGUUCCGCGCGGCGGCGAUCGUCUACUUCGCCUACGGCGGGUUCGACAACAUCGCGACCAUGGCGGAGGAGACCAAGAACCCAUCGAGAGACAUCCCUCUCGGGCUUCUCGGCUCCAUGUCGGUGAUCACGGCCAUCUACUGCGUGAUGGCGCUGGUGCUGAGCAUGAUGCAGCCGUACACGGCGAUCGACCGGAGCGCGGCGUACUCGGUGGCGUUCAGCAACGUCGGGAUGCGGUGGGCGCAGUACGUGGUGGCGCUCGGCGCGCUCAAGGGGAUGACGACGGUGCUGCUGGUCGGGGCGCUCGGUCAGGCUCGGUACACCACGCACAUCGCGCGCAGCCACAUCAUCCCGCCGGUGUUCGCGCUGGUGCACCCCAGGACCGGCACGCCGGUGCACGCCACCGUGCUCAUCGCCGCCGCCGGCGCCUGCAUCGGCCUCUUCUCCAGCCUCGACGUGCUCUCCAGCCUCCUCUCCGUCAGCACGCUCUUCAUCUUCAUGAUGAUGGCCACCGCCCUCCUCGUCCGCCGGUACUACGUGCGGGGCGUGACGAGCAGGACGCACGCGAGGCGGCUGGUGGCGUUGCUAUCGGUGGUCAUCGGCUCGUCGGCGGGCAUCGCGGCGUACUGGGGCGCGGCGCCGGAGCGGUGGGUUGGGUACACCGUGCUGGUGCCGGCGUGGGCGGCGGGCACGCUCGGCAUCCAGCUUCUGGUGCCGGCGGCGCGCGCGCCCAAGGUGUGGGGCGUGCCGCUCGUGCCGUGGCUGCCGUCGCUGUCCAUCGCCACCAACCUCUUCCUCAUGGGCUCGCUCGGCGCGCAGGCGUUCAUCCGCUUCGGCGUCUGCACCGCCAUCAUGCUGCUCUACUACGUGCUCGUCGGGCUGCACGCCACCUACGACGUCGCGCACGGCGCGUGCUCCGGCGACGACGUCGACGAGGAGGUCUACGCUGAUGCCGCCCACGUGGACGAUGCGAAGGCGGCGGCCGCGGUCGCUGCCAACGCAGACGUGGAGAGGGCGGGCGCGAAGAUCUGAUCACAUGCCUAAUGAUUUGGUACAUUGAUGCGAAGAAUAUUCAAAACUGUAGCGUGCAACUGCAAAUAUCAUUAUCUAUUGAACAGUAUCUCACCAAAGUGGGAAAUGGAUUCUCUUUGGAGGGAUAGGGAUAUCCCCUCCGUCUGUCGUGUCAUGUAAAUAGUUAUGAAAAUAAUUGAAAAACAAACAUAUACUAUCUCACAUAUCAAAGGUUUCUUUAUAAAAGUAAAUGUGAUAUAUCACCCAAACUUCCAGGUUUAAA